UCUGUAUUUCCUUUUUGCUCCUCGGCUUGGCUGGGCUUGGCUUCAUUUCGUUUCGUAUCGUUUCCUAAUUCUUCCUACUCCUACAAUGAGGAGCUCUCUGUCUCUCUGAGAUUUCAUUGCUCUUCUAUGUCUCAAUCCAAUUCCCCUUCCCAAGCCUCUACCAAUCCCACCAAGCGCUCAUCGCCGCCUUCCUCCUCCUCGCCCCACGCCGCCGCCUCCGCCGGGCCCCCAAUUAUUCCUGCAAUGAAGAAAGCCAAGUCGCAGGCGGUUACCGGCUCGCUCGACGGCCAGCACCCAACUUCACCUCGCGUUCACUUCGCCGACCCCCCUGCUCGCUCUCCGAUGACUGAAGAUGAUCCCACCGACGUCGGCCUGGAUACCUCCUUUCGGCCCGACGCUUGUGAACGCACUGUUGAUAUUCCUGUCAGAAGCUUCACCUCCAAUUUGGCUCGGAAGAAGGCCACGCUUCCGCAGCCUAAAAAGCUUGUAAUUAAGCUUGUUAAAGCCAAACCGACACUGCCAAAUAAUUUUGAGGAAGAUACAUGGGCAACACUCAAGGCAGCUAUCAGUGCCAUAUUUUUGAAGCAACCUGACCCAUGUGAUUUGGAGAAGCUUUAUCAGGUGGUCAAUGACCUUUGUCUGCAUAAGAUGGGAGGGAGCCUCUACCUAAGAAUUGAAAAGGAGUGUGAAACUUACAUAUCUGCGGCUCUACAAUCUUUGGUUGGCCAAAGCGAUGAUUUGGUGGUUUUCUUAUCUCAUGUCGAAAAGUGCUGGCAGGAUUUUUGUGACCAGAUGUUAAUGAUCCGGGGUAUAGCAUUGUAUCUUGACAGAACAUAUGUGAAGCAAUCACAAAAUGCGCUCUCAUUAUGGGACAUGGGCUUGCACCUCUUCCGCAAACAUCUUUCUCUAGCUUCUGAAGUGGAGCACAAAACUGUAUUUGGUCUUCUGAAAAUGAUCGAGAGUGAGAGGCUAGCUGAAGCAGUUGAUAGAACUCUUCUUAAUCAUCUUUUGAAGAUGUUCACUUCAUUGGGAAUUUACUCAGAAAGCUUUGAGAAACCAUUCCUUGAGGCUACAUCUGAAUUUUAUGGAGCUGAAGGUGUCAAAUAUAUGCAACAGGCAGAUGUUCCAGAUUAUCUGAAGCAUGUAGAGAUGAGGUUGCAGGAAGAACAUGAAAGAUGCUUACUUUACCUGGAUAUAAGCACCAGAAAGCCACUGAUAGCCACUGCAGAAAAGCAACUUCUUGAGUGCCAUAUAUCUGCAAUUUUGGAUAAGGGUUUCACGUUGCUGAUGGAUGGGAAGCGUAUUGAAGACCUUCAGAGAACAUAUAAACUUCUCUCCAGAGUUAAUGCCCUUGAACCACUGAGACAAGCACUUAGUAAUUAUAUCCGUAAAACUGGCCAGAGUAUUGUCAUGGAUGAAGAAAAAGACAAAGAUAUGGUGUCCAACUUACUGGAAUUCAAGGCGAAUCUUGAUAUGAUAUGGGAAGAAAGCUUUUCUAGAAAUGAAGCAUUUGGCAAUACCAUCAAGGAAUCAUUUGAGCAUCUCAUUAAUAUCCGCCAGAACCGACCUGCUGAGCUAAUUGCCAAGUUUGUGGAUGAGAAACUUCGUGCUGGAAAUAAGGGUACAUCGGAGGAGGAACUAGAGGGUACACUUGAUAAAGUUCUGGUGUUGUUUAGAUAUAUACAGGGUAAGGAUGUAUUUGAAGCAUUUUAUAAGAAAGAUCUUGCUAAAAGGCUCUUGUUGGGUAAAAGUGCUUCUAUUGAUGCUGAGAAGUCGAUGAUUACAAAGUUAAAAACUGAGUGUGGCAGUCAGUUCACCAACAAACUUGAAGGAAUGUUCAAGGACAUUGAAUUGUCAAAAGAAAUUAAUGAAUCAUUCAAGCAGUCAUCCCAAGCUCGAACAAAACUCCCAUCUGGAAUUGAGAUGAGUGUGCACGUCUUAACAACUGGGUAUUGGCCAACCUACUCUCCUAUGGAUGUUAGGCUGCCCCAUGAAUUGAAUGUUUACCAGGAUAUCUUCAAGGAGUUUUACUUAAGCAAGUAUAAUGGAAGGCGACUAAUGUGGCAAAAUUCCUUAGGUCACUGUGUUUUGAAAGCAGAAUUUCCAAAAGGUAAAAAGGAGUUGGCAGUGUCUCUAUUCCAGACUGUCGUUUUGAUGCUGUUCAAUCAUACACAAAACCUUAGUUUUCAAGAUAUCAAAGAAUCAACUGGUAUUGAUGAUAAAGAGCUGAGGAGGACUUUGCAGUCACUGGCAUGUGGAAAAUUUCGUGUUCUUCAGAAAAAUCCUAAGGGCAGAGACGUCGAAGAUGAUGAUUCCUUUGCCUUCAAUGACCAAUUCACUGCUCCUCUAUACCGUAUAAAGGUAAAUGCCAUUCAAAUGAAGGAAACAGUCGAGGAAAAUGCUAGCACCACAGAAAGAGUGUUCCAAGACCGCCAAUACCAGGUCGACGCUGCCAUCGUCCGUAUAAUGAAGACAAGGAAAGUUCUGAGCCACACUCUAUUGAUUACUGAACUCUUUCAGCAGCUCAAGUUCCCCAUAAAACCAGCUGAUUUGAAGAAAAGAAUCGAGAGCCUGAUCGACCGAGAGUACCUUGAGCGCGACAAAACCAACCCGCAAGUAUACAACUACCUUGCAUGAACAACAAUUUUCCUCGGAGACGACUUCCCCAGUGAAAAUUUGUGUACAGGACUCAUUGCUGUUAUUUUUUUCCCUUCCCCUUUUGGUGUUCAUGAUGUCCUCCUAGUGUAAUUCACCAUUUCCCCAUAUAUUUUGAACUAAGAUCUCUGCCCCUAUUAAACAGAUUUGUGUUCUCCUUUCACUCUUUCUUGCUACUGCUGCUUCUAUAAUACAUCUAAGAUUGAUAUCCCACA